CCGCAACAAAAAGUUCUGGAGGCACAACAACAUCCAAGAUGGCGGCCAAGAACCUUCCCCCAGUAUUCAAUGCGACCAACCAAGAUGUCGAAAUGCUGCUCGCUGCGCAAUGCCAUCUGGGCUCCAAGAAUCUCCAGGUGCACAUGGAGCCGUAUGUGUGGAAGACGAGGCCAGAUGGUAUCAAUGUAAUCAACAUUGGAAAGACCUGGGAGAAGAUUGUUCUUGCCGCUCGAAUCAUCGUGGCCAUCGACAACCCUGCUGAUGUAGCCUGCAUCAGUGCCCGUCCUUAUGGACAGCGUGCUGUCCUCAAGUUCGCCGCCCACACUGGUGCCUCUGCCAUCGCCGGCCGCUUUACUCCGGGUAAUUUUACGAACUACAUCACCCGCUCGUUCAAGGAGCCUCGUCUAAUCAUCGUGACCGACCCACGCACCGAUGCCCAGGCCAUCAAGGAGGCAUCUUAUGUCAACAUCCCCGUUAUUGCACUCUGCGACACCGACUCUCCAACAGAAUAUGUUGACGUUGUCAUUCCAACCAACAACAAGGCGCGUCACUCCAUUGGCCUUAUCUGGUGGAUGCUUGCGCGUGAAGUCCUCCGUCUUCGUGGCACAAUUGCCUCCAGAGAAACUGAGUGGGACGUCAUGACCGACUUGUACUUCUACCGCGAUCCUGAAGCGGAGGAGAAUAAGGACUCGGCUGGUGUAGACGAGUCCAAGGUCCCAGGUGCUGAUGAAGUUGGUGCUGGUCCAGUCGACACUGGUUUCAACGACGAGUGGGCUGCUAACACUGCUGGUCCUGGCGGUGCCUUUGCUGCCUCAAGCCUUACUGCUGGUGGUGCUGGUGCAAGCUGGGACGCUGAUGGCGGUGAAUGGGCCGCUAGCGGAGCUGUGGAAGGAGAGGUCCCAGCAGCUGGAGGUGAUCAGUGGUAAGCGUGCUGAUUUCGCCUCAUGGUGACAGCCGCACCACUGGCCCGUGCAAGUACGAUUUGUAUCCGCGUUUGCCUUUUAGUGAUCCCUGAUUCGAUACGGAUACCGUCUGACAUGCAACAACAAAGUACUCCAAAAAUAGAGCCCCGAUGGGCAAUCGAAAGGGUUGUAUUUUCUUUACAGAGGAGGAGAAAUAAGGUCGCACUAAUGAAGGAAAGAUGCCUGGCGUUUGGGCUCUCAUUCAUUAGCUCUACCUAGGAGAAUGCCUUGUGCGUAGCCAGUUUCGUGUGGUUAACGUAAUAGUUGCCCACUCCUCUUAUCAGAAAAUUUGACCAUAUAACCCAACAUUCAAGUCUUCUUAUUCUUUCUCUCUUGUGUAAUAUGCUUGUCUCAU